UCACCUCGUCCGGUCGUGCGGCUUGCCGUGAUCAUUCUUGCAUCCGAGAGCAUUAAUGCACCCAAGCACGCGCCUGAUUUGAAACCAUCGUGUUUGUGAUGGCUGCUUUAGUUGUUCAAGCUCAUAGCAGCUGGAUCAGCAGAUUGGAGGGUGUGCGCUGCAUUGACCCUGACUUAGACUUAGUUGGGCUGUGUUGUAUAUGGGCAAGGCAGCGUCAUCAUGACUUCCGCCCCAAAUUAAUCAUAAUGAGUUGUGCCUGCCCUGGCUUUAGUGCCACAGCUGCUGUGGCUACAGCUGCUGCUGCUGCUGCUGUUGCUGCUCCUCAUCGCAACGUUGUGACUGGGGGGCGCACGAUCGGACUGCAACUCUCUCUCUUUCUCCCCAGGCUCUCUGCCUCAUGCGGACGAUUUCCCGAUCCGCUUACUUAAUGGUCCAGUACAUUUCGGCUGAUUCUCGCGAUUCCGACCGGGGCUGGUACAAGUCCCAGUGACCUGGAAUAGGCAAACUGCUCAGGCGCCAACAGGCAAUGCUUUCUGGGUCUACCUAGCCAGAUGCAGUAUUCCCCAUCAUCCUCCAUCUAUCUAUUCUUGUGUAUUGCUUACUGAGUAGAACAAAAAUGGCUGACGACGGUUACGCGUGGUGUUUGUUACUUUCUUUGA